AUGAUACUAGCAAACCCAUCACCAACCGUUGACAUUGCGGUAGAAAGAGUUCUCAAACGAUCUAGGCAACACAGCCCGGCGACCGUGCAAACCAAGAAAAGGAAACAAACAGUAGUCAAGAACCUUACCAUCAAAGCCUCCGACUACGUUCAAGCUGCAUUCAAGGCCAACGGAUUUGCCGUUGACACGGUUCGACAGACUGCUGAACCCUUGUUUCGCGAGCCCACCAAAGAAAUGUUGGCAUCCUACAUUCCCGAAGUCCUGGACGCUAUCCGAAAGAACGACCUUGAACGAGUCAAGAAACUGCACAAGAGUGGCGUCCUCACUGGAAACGGCUGCAACAAGUUUGGGGAAUCCACUUUUCACCUAGCUUGUCGGAGAGGACACACUGAAAUUGUGAAAUAUCUCCUCAAUGAAGUCAAGUUCGACAUGAACGUGCGAGACGACUACAAUCGCAAUCCUCUCCAUGAUGCCUGCUGGACAGCGGAGCCCGAGUUUGAACUUGUGGAUCUGCUCUUGCGCAUUGCACCACACCAACUGGUGAUGGAGGAUGUCCGUGGGUUUACUCCCUUCGACUACAUUCGAGCCGAAACCAAUGGAAAGUGGCUCAGAUUCCUGUGGGAACGAAGAGCCAUUCUCCGCCCACUGGAAAAGAAGGCAAACCAUGACGAGAUGACUACCGCCUCCGUCCUAGCAAGUCUAAGAAAAUGA